AUGAGGACCGAUCAGAGUGAGGUGGAGAAACGAGGCAGCGAGGAACACAACACUGUGCAAUGUGACACAGCCCAAGUAGCCCAUGAGGAGGUAAAUUCUGAACAGGUAUAUUAUAAAUAUGUAGACUCUACAGACGUCACCUCGAGAUUUGGACAUUUGAGUGCCUACCGAAUGGAUGAAAUUCUGGACGAAACGAGUGAGGAUGACUCUGUGGUUCCACAAAAUGGAAAAGAGGAAGAAGAGGAAGUGAAAGGCAAAGAAGAUGAGGGAGAAAGCAGAGGAAAUUACUUCUACAUAAACGAUGUAAUAAAACACAACUACCCAUUGGAAUAUGAAGAAAAUAAAAUAUACCCAAAAGUGUAUUGCUAUGAACCAACAAACUUUGAAAAUUUUAAAAAGAAGAUAAAAAAUCAAAAUGAGCUGAGGCAUUAUGAAUGCUAUUCGUCCACGAUGAAUGAAUUCUUUUACAAAUACAAUGAAAAGUAUUAUGAAGAUAUUUUAAAAAAUGAAAGUUUUAAAAAAUUUGCAUUUGAAUUAUGGUCUAAUAGAAGUAACAUAAAAAACGAAACAGAAUAUAACAAUUUUUGUAUUCAGCUAAGAAAAAAGUAUAAAAUUUGCCCUUCGAAGCAUCAGAUAAGUGUUGCAUUACAGCAUCAUUAUUUACAAACAGUACGGAUCUCCAAAGAGAGUGAAGAGGCGAAGGCCACUUGUUCGGAUAGGUGUGCUCUAGUGGGAGAAGAGGAAAAGCAAAAUGAAGCUCCUUCAUCACACACCUCGGACGUGUCAAAUCGGCACAAUGUAUGUGGUGAAGCCACCACAAAUGAGGAAGAAGAAGAAGAAGAAGAAGAAGAAGUGGAAGAGGUGGUAGACCAAAGAGAGGAAGACGAAAUUACAGUGAACAAAAAAGGGAAAGACGUAAAAUUCGUUUUAGAAAAUGUAAACAAAAUGAUUGUAACCACGGAGAUGAAAAAUUACAAAGACUUAGACAAAGAAAGUGUACAUUUCCUACAAAUAAAUAAACGAAAGGGUGUGCGAUCAAACAGUGGAGUGUUAGUAGUAACAAUAAUUACGCAUCCGCACAAAUUCAGUUGUAAAUAUGAUUGUCACUAUUGCCCAAACGAACCAAAUCAACCGAGGUCUUAUCUUUCCACAGAACCUGCAAUAUUAAGAGCUAAUCAAAACAAUUUUGAUGUGAUUUGUCAAUUCUUUAAUAGAACCACCACAUUAGUAAAUAAUGGACAUGUAGCAGACAAAAUUGAAGUACUUGUAUUGGGAGGUACUUGGAGUUGUUAUGAUGUUGAAUAUCAAAGAGAAUUCAUAAGAGAUGUUUAUUAUGCUGCUAAUAUUUAUCCUGUUUUAAAAAAUAGAAGAAAAAAAUUCACUUUAGAAAAAGAACAAGAAAUAAAUGAAAAAAGUAAUUGUCGAAUUAUUGGAUUAACUCUUGAAACAAGACCAGAUCAAAUUAAUAAAGAUGAACUUAUUAGACUACGAUCUUAUGGAUGUACAAGAGUACAACUAGGAAUACAACACACAGAUAACUAUAUUUUAAAGAAGGUUAAUAGACAAUGUACUCUGCAAGAUUCUAUAAGAGCUAUUUAUUUAUUAAAAGAAAAUGGGUUCAAAGUGGAUAUCCAUUUAAUGCCAGAUUUACCGUACUCAAAUGUGAAAAAAGAUAUAGAAAUGUUUAAAUAUGUAUUAAGCUCAACUGACUUGCAAGCAGAUCAGUGGAAGAUAUAUCCCUGCGAAAUUACUCCAUUCACAAGGAUUGAAAAAUGGUACAAUAAUGAUGAAUUUAAACCUUAUUUCGAAACAAAUAAAAAUUUAUUAAUUUUCUUAAUUUUUCUUGUCAAAAAAUGUAUUCACCCAUGGAUACGCUUAAACAGAGUUAUAAGAGAUAUCCCAAACCCGUCUAUCAUAGCUGGUAAUAAUAUUACAAAUAUGAGACAGCUUAUUGCUAACGAAAUGAACAUACGAAAUAUUUUUUGUCAAUGUAUUAGAUGUAAGGAGGUUAAAAAUCAAGAAAUCGAAAAAAAAAAAAAUUCCAUUUUUUUACAAAUUUAUCAAUAUCACACCUUAGGAGGAGAAGAAUUUUUUAUAACAUUUCAAGGAGAAAAAAAAAAAGGGAAAAAAAAUGAACCCAAAAUUGGAAAAAAAAAAAAAGUCUCUGCCAAUUCUAAGCGAGAAUGCAAAAACAUCAAAAAGGAUAUUUUUGGCACCACUGCUGAAGAAGCAAUUGAUAAGAACAUAGAAUCGACAGAGGGGUGCAUAGGACUAUCAUCUUUUAACAUGUCUGUGGAUGAUUCGAGCAUUACCUGUACGCACGAACCGGUGGAGGAAACCCCGUUGCAAGAGCAGAACGUAGAACCAGUUGGUAAGGCGGUUGAUAAAGUGGUUGAUAAAGUGGUUGAUAAAGUGGCUGGCAAAGUGGUUGAUAAAGUGGCUGGCAAAGUGGCUGGUAAAGUGGCUGGUGAGACGACUGACAAAGUGACUAGCCAAAACGUGAACUCACCUGAUGUUCCUGCCGAAGGGAAUCGGUGCGCGCGAGAUGACAAGAAUGAAUAUGCACUUUUAGGGUUUCUACGACUUCGUCUAAGAAAUAAAAACAACUAUUGUGAUGACAGACCCUUCCAAUGUUUAGAAAACGCAGCCCUGAUAAGAGAAUUACAUGUUUAUGGAUCUUUAUUAAAACAUGACGAUUUUAAAGAUGAUUUAAAUUUUGUUCAGCAUAAAGGUCUUGGAAAAUGUUUAGUUUUAGUGUCUGAAAUUAUUGCUUAUUUUUAUAAUUACGAAAAAAUGGCUAUAAUUGCUGGUAUAGGUACCAGGGAAUACUACAAGAAGUUGGGAUAUGAAAAGGAAGAAACGUACAUGACUAAGAUGUUAAAAAGAGAUGAGAUAUAUGAACAGUAUUUAUUAAACGCACAUCGGAUAGGUAAACAAAUAGUUAUUUGCAAUUACAAUUUGAACCAUUGUCUCCACUUAAUGCACAAGAAAAUACCAGAGCCGUGCAAGUACAAGAGAAGUGAAAUUGAAGAAGACCUCAACAUAUUUAUUAACGAAAAUAUCUUAAAAUUAGAAUCAAAUGAGUAUAAUUACUUUCACUGUAAAAAUGAAUGCAUUAAUGUGUUAACCAUAGAUGUGGAAAAUGAUUUGAUUUCAAAAAGGAAGAAUAAAAGUAGUUCGGAUAAGACGAUGAAAUGGAAUUUUCCUUAUACCAUUUUAAACAAUUGGAUAAACAAAUUUACCUAUUCAUACAACACCAAAAGUUGGGUUCGAAAUGCAUCUUUUUUUUUUUUGUUUUUUAGUACGACUUUUUUCAUUUCUGUUUCCUAUUUUGGACGUCGAAAAAUACGCAAUUUGUGA